AACGGGCAUUCAAACAUAGUUUAGUUGUCUUUGGUGUACUUUCCCAAUAAUAAAUACCUCAUGCCUAAAUUGGGUCUCCCUGCCGUAGCACACUUGAAAUUACGGGAAGCCCAGAAUCAAUUCAAUUAUGGCGGGAAAUCCCAUUAUCCUCCACCAUUGUUCAUCAUCAUCAACAUCCCGCCAUUGUAUCAGCCGUCGAUUGUCGGAAAAUCAUGGGGACACUGCCGUCAAUCACCGAGCUCUUCGGUCAACUCGCUUCUCACCUCCAAUUAUCGACCAGCGAACGUGAAAACGAAGAGGAAACUCUCAAGGUUUCAAUUUCGAAAUUAAACCAAUCUCUCAACCUCAAUGAAAACACUAAUUUUGAGCUUAGGGUUUUGAAUACCGCGCUCUCCCUAAUGUGUUUCAAGGCACCCCAGGUUUUUGAUUCGAUGGCGGAGUAUUCGGUGAGGACGAUCAUCAGUGUCUUAUCUUCUUUGGCUACUUGCAAGGUUUUUCGGCUUCAAAAUGAAGAGUUUCUGCUUAUAGGUGGCUCAAGUUUGGGUCUACAUUGCGUGGAAUUGGUAGAAAUAAUUAACAAUGUUCAAGCAAAGUUAGAAGGGAAAGGGCUAUCUUCUCGUUUGCUGUUACGAGCUGUUGUAAGGGUAUUGGUUUUGGCAUCUUGCUCUCGGUAUUCAUCCCCGCAUACACCAGUUCUCCUUUCGAAAUCAAUUGAAGGAAGAAGUGCUGCUGUUUCCAAGUUUCAUUGUCAUUUGCCUGUUGAACUGUCCCUUGAAAAUGAAGAACUACCAUUGAGGUUGCUCUUCUGGUAUCUUGACCCGCAAACUCUAAAGCAAGCUGUUUUAAAGAUUUUACAAGAUACCAGAGAAAGGCCUUUCCUUUACUUGAGCGAAGAAUUUCAUCGGAGAAUGGAUUGGCGUGCUAUCAUAAUAUGCUUAGUGUUUUCUCCUGUUAUGUUUAUUGAGACGAGAGCUCUAUUGCAUAAUUGGUUUCUCAGGACGGGUCUGGCUUUUGUGCUAGAGCUUCUGGCUGGGUUAGUGGCAGCAAUUUUGGAUGUAAUUUUGAGACCAACAUGGUGGGGCUUAUCUGUGGAAUUGGGAUCUAAGCUACCAUUUUCCGAUGCAUAUUUCCCAUAUCAGAACAACUUAUUGAGGAUUUUCGUUGGAGCCUUCUCUGUUGAGAACUUUAUACAUUUAGCUCAUGCCACGAGUGUACACGAAUCUCUUGGUGAUGAACAACUCCGUCAAAUCAAGCCAACAGCAGCGGCAAUUGGGAGAUAGAUCACAAAUCUCUCUGGGCUUUGGCAAUAGACUUUCCAGAUUGGUUCUAUUUUGCUUCUGUUUUACUCUUCUCUGGGAAAAGUCCCCAAAAGAAUUUUCAAUCUAAAUUCUCGUUAUCACCUAAAGUCCGAGAAGUACAUGAUAAGGAAUUAUUGUCUACGUUUGCAGCAAGGUAUAUUGCAUGGAUUCUGAGCCCCACUAGUAAAUCUAAUCAGGAUUUGUUAGUUGAUUUUUUUACUAAAAUAUCCGAGUCUUGGGCUCUGAAACAGUUCGACUUAGCUACGCACAGCAAAGGAGCUACCUUCAAGAAGAAACUUAAGAAACCGAAAGUUCAUAACAAGAAGGAGGAUUAUUCUCUGGAGAAAAAAUAUGACUGUCAUAUUAUUGGGAUCUGGCUCGACCAAAUUGAAACCAUAUACCUUAGUUACGCUGGUAAUACAACCAUCGACAGUUCUGCAUCUGCUGAUUUAAAUGCAUUCAAUGUUCUUAGCCUGCAGCAAAAUGUUCUUUUAAGGAGGAUUCUAUUAGGCAUAUUGAUUGGAUCCCCUGUUAGUAUAACCGAGGAUGGAUGUGAACUUCUACUGCACUAUGCUGCAACUGGGAAAUUUCUUCGGUCAAGGGAAACUAUGCUUGCCAGACCAAGACAUGUAAAACAGAACUCUGAAAGGGAUGACUUAACUACCUGGAUUGAAAAAUGUGGUGACAAAGAUGUUUUAGCAGGUUCUUUUACUGUUUUUGGUUUGACAGAUGCUGUUGAUAGGAUAUCUGUUUCUUUUUUCGAGAAUGAAGAGAGUGGGUUAGAUUUCAUUUACCAGGUGAAAGUAAAAUCGGGGAAGUAUUUAAUGAAGUGCAUCAAGAGACUAAGCCAACUUAACAUUAGUGAAGGAGGAGUUUUGACAUUAAGGGACCUACGCAGUAGAUUGGAACUAUGGAGGCAUCAAGGGCCGGAAAUAUUACAUGUUCAGAAAGACGUAGAUGAUAUCAUCAAUGACUUGAAUCAGAAACUAUCUUUGUGAUGAACAGGUUUUUAUAAAGAUGUAAAUGUUUACAAGGGUAGAGUUCUUCAAUUUUGUGAAAAGCAAAUUGCAGGCCAUAGAUUGGAUUGUGUAUUCUUCUGCAUCUCAACUAUACAGCAACCCGGUAACCUCUUUCGGCAUGUAAUUUUUUAUCAUGAAAAAAGCUAUUGAAAUGCUUGGAUUUAUUACUUUUACAUUUACUUUUACAAAGAGAAGCAAUGAAAUUGCUUGCCUCUAGAGACUUGACAUGCAUAAUUUGAUUUCAGCAAAAGCUAGAGUAAUCCUAGUGAUUCUAAGUAUGCUUAUAAAGCUGUAUUAGACAAAUAGUAGCUUCUCUAUGUACAUUAAAACAUUCUUUUUCGACCAUUUUACGACCAAUGUUAAUCGUUGGCCAAACAGACUGUGUUCUGUUUCACUCUGUUCAUACUUUAUUGUUUUUUAUCUUCUUUGCA